AUGCCACGUAAGCUACGUAAGAAUAUACGUAAGAGGAAGAGAGCAUUGAAACAUCCAAUAGUAAAACUGACACCACAACAACAGUUGCAACAACAAAUUAUGAAUGACCCCACUAUGUUGCAACAAAUGUCAAGCAACCCUAUGCUUUUAAACCGAGUUAUUGGUGCACAGAGUGGAGGUUUAAGAGCGGCACUUUUAGCGAAAAUGGCAGGCUAUGGUGGAGCUGCAGACGGAACAGCUUAUAACCCUCAAAGUCAAAUGAAUUUGAGUUCACUCAAAAAUCAAAUAACAGAUGUCAAAAAGUCAAACAUAGACAUACAGAAACAAAUAAGUGAAAACGAAAAGAAACUAGAAUAUGACAGACACACAAAGAAACUCAAUGAGUUAAACGUAGAGAAAAAGAAGAAAGAAGAACAACUGAAAGAACUAAGUACAGAGGAAUAUGCGAAAAAAGUGUCAGAAAAAGCAGCAGAAGUAGCAAAAAUGGAACAAGAUGUUAUAAAUUUGAAAAACCAUACUACUCAAUAUAAAGUACUGAAAGAUGAAGAGAUAAAACAAAAAGCCCUGAAGACAUAUAUGGAUAGCGAUGAGUAUAAAAAAGAAGUUGAAGCAAAUGUAAAGGCAGAAAAACUUUUACAGUUGCAAAACCAAACCGUACAGUAUGAAAACUUAGCACAAGAAAGUAAAAAUAACGACGCAGCCAUGCAAAAGGCAAUGAAAAGCGCAGAAUAUAUAAAAGCUAA